AAUCUUUGGAUAGUUGGUCAGGCUAGUUUAACUAACCUAUCUGUACAAAUGUUCUCACUAUUUUAUAGUAUUGUUAGUGUAGGUAACCUAAUUUAGCUACUGAAAACUGUAAACUAUAACUGGAAUAUCUCAAUGCAAUUAUUCCUUUCAGAUAAUGUUCUUGCAUAGGUUAUCUCAUCAAAACUAAAAGGUAAACGUAGUGGCAAUUGAGUGGUAAGGUUAAUCCAAAGCUUGCUUAUUUCAGAGAUAUUUAUUUUUAACAUCCAAUAGCCCAAAUCUGACAUCACUUGGAGUGCAUCAUACAAGUAUGCUACAAAGUACAAAACAUUUAAAUGGAAAGUACAUUCAUAAUAAUAUUAAUUACCUCAACUUAAGCCCAGCUGAGCAGAAAAAUAAAUAGAAAAAAUGAUAAACACACAAUAAACUGAACAUAUUUAGAGCGUUAAAUUUUUCAUUAUUAAUUACACUGCUAGGAAAGCCACAUCAUACAAUAAUACAACUUUAAUCUACAAAACAUUAUACCUAUAGAGUCCACAGACAUCACAAAACUACCUCUGAAAAUUGUUUUUACAACACUUUACUUUCAAUAUAAAGUCCAACAUUUAAACGCAAGCUCUAUGACCUCAUAUAUUGGGAAAUAAAUACGACCAGUGCAGUUACAUAAUUCUUCCUAAAAGUUAAUACCAAGAGGCGUUUUAAUAGUUCUGCCGAAAAGUUACUAUUCUUUAAACUUCAGUUUCCAAAUUAAUUUGGGGUUGCAGAUGCCCAUCACUCUGUGCGGUUUCGCAGUUGUUCAGCUCAACCCUUAACAGGGUAAGUUACCUCAGCCGAAACCUCACUUCGCUUAUAUUUGCCCUGGAAAAUCUCAGUUUCACCCUAAAUUACAUUGCCAGUAAUGUCUUAGGAUGGGAAAAUGCCUAACCAGUAAUUAUAGGUACUUCAGUUCAAGAUUUCAGCCUUAACUGCAUCUUUGCAUGAAAACUGCCAAUCUGCAUCGUGCCAAAUCAACCCAUUCUUGCCUGUUCCAAAGGAAAAUUCCGAAGUUUUUUGCUUCAUCACAUGCCAGUUUUAAAUGAAAAAUUUUGGCCAACACUUUGGUGUGUAGAAUCUCGUUUGCAAACAGUAUUAGCAGGUUUUUUACGAUCCACAGUUUUGCCUCAUGUUAAAUACAGAAGAGAACUUUUUCAGCUAAAAGAUGGCGGGGAAGUGGCUUUGGAUUGGUUGGAAAACGGCUGUGAACCUCAAGCGCCUAUUGUUAUAAUUUUACCAGGAUUGACUGGCACUAGUCAAGCAGACUAUGUCAAAUGUCUUGCUGUUGCUGCUAACAAAAUAGGUGUCCGAACAGUUGUUUUCAAUAACAGAGGUCUUGGUGGUGUUAUGUUGAAGACACCACGCACAUAUUGUGCGAGCAAUAGUGAAGAUUUUGAGGAGGUGUUGAACUAUGUUCAUACUUGCAACCCAAAUGUAAGGAUAGGGGCCACUGGGAUUUCAAUGGGUGGGUUGGUGCUUGGAAAUUUUCUAGCAGCACAUCAAGAAAAAGCCAGAAACUUAAUAUCUGCUGCAAUGCUUAUUUCAGUUCCCUGGAAUGUUUUUAAAGGACUUGAGAACAUUGAAAAACCAGUUCUUAAUCUGAUGUUGAAUAACUACUUAGCAAGUGCACUGUGUCAACUUGGAAAACGGAUGGCACACAUCUCAUCACUACAUCAGUUGGAUGAUAAAGCUUUUCAGAGCCGCACCAUUCGAGAAUUUGAUUCCAAAUUCACAGUCAAGCAGUUUGGAUUUAAGGACGUGCAGGAUUACUACCAACAUGCCACACUUCAUACUAAAUUACAUUUGAUUCACGUUCCUUUGUUUUGUCUGAAUGCUGCAGAUGACCCUUUUCAGCCAAUUGAAGCAAUUCCAAUUGAAGAAGCAAACCUGUCAGAGAACGUGGCCAUAAUGGUGACCGCUCGUGGAGGUCACAUUGGUUUCCUUGAGGGCUUCUUUCCGCUCUACAGUGAUCAGUACAUCAGCAAAGUUUUCAGCCAGUUCUUCAGAGCUGUGUGGGAAGAGAAAUUUGAUGUGCUCAGUACAUAAUGGCAAUGUGCUGACAUUUAGUGGCUUAGUUCCAGCACAAUAAUUUGCAUUGUUAAAGAUUUUCUAUAGUGUUACAAAGAUCUAUUGUUGAAAAUUUGCUAUUGCAUUUAUAGAUAUAAUUUUAUUGUUUUUAUUAUUUUUUAUUUAUUUAUUUCUGUAAAGAAAGGGGCCAGUUGUUUACAUUCUAUACAUUUUUAAAGAAAAUUAUUCUUGUUUGAAUAAUGUUUUUAAAUUUAAUAUAAGUAUAGUCUAAAAAUGUUUCUCAUAUCGGAGAAAUUAUUUGUACAGAAUAAUUUAUUCAUGUUAAACCUGGUAUUACUGAAUAAUGUUAAAUCAAAAAAAGUCUCACAACAUUGUUUAUUUUUAUAUUUUAUUUGGUUAUUCUAAGCAUGUUUAAUGAGUGUAUCUUGCAAGCAAUAUAGCAAGCCAAGACAUUAAGGCAGAGAGAGUGAAUGCUAAGAAUAACACUACCUCAAAAACCUGGAGAAUGUUGUAGUAAUUUAAUAUUUUUGCAACCACUUUUAUACAUGUAUGUGUGUGUGAUGCAGUGCUGUUUUUGAAGCUCUGCAGUUGCUUCUAGGGGAAGACCAUGGUAGUUGAGUGUACAGAUAACUUACCACCCACCAAGGUGACUACUCACUGUUUAAUUUCCAGCGAGGUCAAAUCCAAAUUUUCCUCAAGUUGGAAAAGUGGUGGACAUUGAGUGAGCUGGUGGGUUUUCUCUAUGGGUCAUGUCUCACCCAUGUACAUUCCAUCAUGGCUUUAUGUCAUAAUUUCACCCUUCAUAUGUCACUAAUGUCCUUUAUGUUUGCAUGACUAAACACUAGUUUGUUCAUUCAAUUUCUUCUGGUACAUUCUUAAUUUAGUAAGUACUUUUCUCAUGGUCUUAGCCAUCACUAUUCCAAGAUAAAGUUUCAAGGAUUGAUCUUACUUGUUAAAGUCUUCUUCACCUUCAUAAAAUGUGAUCACAAAAUAUAUAUAUUUUGACUAAAAAGGUACAGUAAUGGCAAAUAAACACUCUAGACAUUGA